AUGUGGAAGCCUUCGGAGAGGCUGAUGGAAACCAUCAGGCAUUAUGCCAGCUUCCCCGCAACCGGUGUCUCGCUGAGGCAGAUGGUCCAAUUUGGUGACCGACCCUCAACAGGGACUCUAUUCCGCGCUUCUCAAUUCCUCUCUGAGGAGCUCCCCAUCCGUCUCGCACAUCGCGUCCAGGAUUUGGGUGAGCUCCCGGAUGGACUCAGUGAAAUGCCAUCAAUCAAGAAAGUCCAGGACUGGUAUGCACAGUCUUUUGAGGAAAUCAUUGCCCUUCCUCGCCCAACUCUGACUCAAGAAGUGAAACAACGCCUGUUGCGCCCAGGCCGGAUCAACGGCGGUGUUUCAAAGAUUCUCUCCGAAACGACUCAAAACCCCAGCGUGCGCGAAGGACAGUAUCGGUCCUCGGUGACGGCGGGUAAUUGCAACGGCAUCAACAAAGCACCCGCUGCCUCGGGUCGACGUUACUUCUUCCCCGCAGAUGACCGCGGAGACUGGCCCCCAGAGCUUAACGAUUACAAUCAACGAUUUGCCAAGACUCUACAGCAGAUUAAGCGUCGGCACGACGGGGUCGUGACCACCGUCGCGCAGGGUAUCCUGGAGUGGAAGCGUGUGCGGCAGCGCAUGCAGAUCGACUCCACGAUUCAGUCCUUCCUCGAUCGGUUUUACAUGUCCCGAAUUGGUAUACGAAUGCUUAUCGGUCAACACAUCGCACUCACUGAACAAACGCAUGUCAAACAUCCCAACUAUGUCGGAAUAAUUUGUACCAAAACCAACGUUCGCGAUAUCGCACUCGAGGCUAUUGAAAAUGCCCGCUUUGUCUGCGAGGAUUACUACGGUCUCUUCGAAGCGCCCAAGGUGCAGCUGGUCUGCAAGGAGGAUCUGAACUUCAUGUAUGUUCCCGGACACCUAUCGCACAUGCUCUUUGAGACUCUCAAGAACUCGCUGCGCGCGGUGGUCGAGCAGCAUGGUGCCGACAAGGACGACUUCCCCGUGACCAAGGUCAUUGUUGCCGAGGGCAGAGAAGAUAUUACUAUCAAGAUCUCCGACGAAGGCGGUGGUAUCCCCCGAUCAUCAAUCCCUCUCGUUUGGACCUACAUGUACACGACAGUGGAGCAGACCCCCAACCUGGACCCGGACUUCGACAAGAACGACUUCAAGGCCCCAAUGGCUGGGUUUGGAUACGGAUUACCAAUCAGCCGACUGUACGCCCGGUACUUUGGCGGCGAUUUGAAACUGAUCAGCAUGGAGGGAUAUGGAACAGACGUAGACGGUCGGGUCCGGAUCACUACCUCGCACCGCCUGCACCACCCCAUAUACAACGACCCGGAAAUCAAACCUGCACCGUCUCGAGGACUGACACUGAUGAAUGCUCAGGCUCACUAUAAGCGCAUACUAAACCGAGAGGUCUCGGAGCGUAAGCAAGUUGGCGACAUGGAGAGUCUGUUCCACUCGGAGAAGCGGAGGAGAGAAGAGGAAGAGAUGUAA